AUGACGUCCCUGCUGGAGUGGAGUCAGUCUGAAGAGGUGAGGCAGUCAGUGUGCCUAAAAUUUAACAUACCAGAAGGCAUGCAACCAGACUUGAAGGUGUUUGACCAAUCCGACAUAGAAGUUGAUGGAGAAGUCUUUGAAGAAAUAGUGAAUGAGUCACCUGGAACCUUCAAAGUCAUGUUGAGCAAAGAAGAACUAGAUGCCUCUCUAUCAUCAACAUCAUCAUCAUGCUCAGCAGCAUCUGACGAUACUAUCAUUCUGAACGUCACAAUGUGUGACCCUCCUGAAGAAGCAGCUGCUGUCGAAGGAAGUCAGCCUAAAAAGCCAUGCCACAUUAACUGUGGGGCGAAAGCGUUGAUUGAAAAAAUCCUUACAACAAAGCCUGGUGGUGAAAAAAUCAUGCAAGAGUAUGCAAAAAUAAAAUCACUGAAAGAUGGCACCAGAAGACAGAUGAUUAACAUUCUCACUGCUGAGAUGACACAAACACAUGGGACAUCCCCCCCCAAAAGUGUCAAAGUGUUGUAUGCGCAGGGGAUAGUUGCUCUAUUUCCAUAUCUGGAGGACCCAUAUUCACAGCAUGGAUAUGAACAUUACUACGACCCAGAGAGUGGGUCCGGAUACCUUGCAUGGCGGUUGAAAACCAUCCAACGAAAAAGUGCAGAGGAAAGAGGUGUGUCUGUGAGCAAAUCUCCCAAAAUUGGUGGGCCAAGCCGUAAGCUGUAA